UGGCCGCGAUGCAAUCCCGCCGGCUGGCCUCAUGCAUGUCUCCUAUAUAUAAAUACACGAGACAUGCUAACCGACGGCAGGCCCAUCGAUCCACCACACACCAAGCAGAGCAGCGAUCUAGCUAGCGCCCCGCACCGCCGGCACCACAGCGCAGCAGCUAGUAGCUAGCUAGCCAUGGCGGUACGACUGUGGUGGUCGUCGUCCUUGUCCUCCCGCGCCGUCGCUGCAGCGCUGCUGUGCCUGCUGGUGGCUCACGGCAGCAACUGCGCCAAGCAUUCCGGCGGCAAGAGCCACAAGGGUGGAGGUGGACAUGCCCAUGCCGCGCCGACCCCGUCUCCGCCGGCGGCUCCUCCACCAGCCGUCGUCUACCCGACGCCGCCCACCACUCCUCCGCCUCCGCCGGCAAGCAGCAGCAACGGCAGUGGUGGUGGUGGUGGGUGGCUGAACGCCCGUGCGACAUGGUACGGCGCCCCCAACGGGGCGGGGCCCGACGACAAUGGUGGCGCGUGCGGCUUCAAGGGCGUCAACCUCCCACCUUUCUCGGCGAUGACGUCCUGCGGCAACGAGCCACUCUUCAAGGACGGCAAAGGAUGCGGCUCAUGCUACCAGAUCCGUUGCAAGGCCCACCCUGCUUGCUCCGGCGUGCCGGAGACGGUGAUCAUCACGGACAUGAACUACUACCCCGUGGCCCCCUACCACUUCGACCUCAGCGGCACCGCCUUCGGAGCCAUGGCCAAAGACGACCGCAACGACGAGCUGCGCCACGCAGGCAUCAUCGACAUCCAGUUCAAGAGGGUUCCCUGCCAGUACCCUGGCCUCACCGUCACCUUCCACAUCGAGCGCGGCUCCAACCCAAACUACCUGGCCGUGCUCGUCGAGUACGGCAACGGCGACGGCGACGUCGUGCAGGUCGACCUCAUGGAGUCCCGCACCGACGACGGCGAGCCCACCGGCGUGUGGGAGCCCAUGCGCGAGUCCUGGGGCUCCAUCUGGAGGAUGGACACGCGACGCCCGCUGCAGGGACCCUUCUCGCUGCGCGUCACCAACGAGUCCGGCAAGACGCUCGUCGCCGACCAGGUCAUCCCAGCCGACUGGCAGCCAGACAACGUCUACAGCUCUAUCGUCCAGUUCGACUGAUGACGACGACGACCACGGAUUAUUCGUCCGCUGGCCGGCCGGCCGGCCGGCCGGCUAACAUCAUCCAUCCAUCCAUCCAUCAUAUAUAUCUAUACAUACUCCAAUGCAAGCAAUUCAGCUAGCUGCUACGUACGUACCUAUAUAUACUCUGAUAGCAGAUCGAUCGACCAUGCAUCGAUCCACACAUAUACAUAUAUGAUAUAUAUAUAUAUAUAUAGAUAGACAGGCAGAUCGACGACGUCUGUCGUCAAUUGUUUUCUUGUUGUUACUGUGGUGGGUACUGCUAGCUAGCUAGCUGAAUGUAUACGUCGAUCAUAAUGCUUCUUUGGCGAGACGUCGCUUGUGCCGUCCGUCGAGUGCAUUAUAUAUAUUAUGCAUGCCGCGCGUAUCGUAUGUAUGUCCAAUUAAUCCAAUCAUCUUCUGUAUG